GAAUAAAGAGUCAGACGCGGUGUCUUCGCAACAGGACCCCAGGCCUUCCUUUUUGCUGAGUACAUGUUUUCACUCCAAGAAAAUUUGAAUUAUACACCUACCAAAGCGCUUACAUAUUGGACUUGAAUAACUCGUGAUAGCCUGCUGAAUCGGGAGGCCGACAGCCAGCCGUCUGCGACCCGCGACAGCUUGGCCCUUUCGAAAGCUGUUCAGUAUAACACGAAUAAGAGCUACGUUUUAAAUGCGUGCCUUAGACAGAAGCAGCGGGAGAACGGGUCGGCUGGGGCAGCGAUGCACUGCCUCACUGCUGCUGACUCCCGGGCACCUGCUGCUUUCCGGGGAGCCGCGGCAACACCAUGGGAAACUUGGGAGAGCGCGAGGCUCGAUGGCAUGCCGCGCCACGGCUGCGGCGCCAGCGCGGAAAGAGGCGGGAACCACCGGGAGCCCGCUGGCCACGUUGUCUCAGGAGGACUAUGGAGCCAGCGCAAUCCAGGUGCUUGAGGGUCUGGAGCCGGUGCGCAAGCGGCCCGGCAUGUACAUCGGCGGCACCGGCUCGGACGGGCUGCACCACCUGAUCUGGGAGGUGGUUGACAACGCGGUGGACGAGGUGCAGGCGGGGCACGCCUCGGCCGUGGAGGUGGACGUGGACCUCAGCAGCGGCUGGGUGAGUGUUGUGGACAACGGCCGCGGCAUCCCUGUGGACGUGCACCCCGUCACCGGCAAGUCGGCGCUGGAGACGGUGCUCACGGUGCUGCACGCCGGCGGCAAGUUUGGCGGCGACAACAGCGGGUACAAGGUCAGCGGCGGUCUGCACGGCGUGGGCAUCAGUGUGGUCAACGCGCUGAGCUCGGAGCUGGAGGUGACCGUGUGGCGCGCUGGCAGCCGCUACAGCCAGCGCUACAGCCGGGGCGCCCCGCUGGAGGAGCUGCGGGUGCAGCUGCUGCCGCCAGGCAGCGAGGAAGCGGGGCGGAGCGGGACGCAGGUGCGGUUCCUGUACGACGCGUCCAUUUUUGCCAAGGACGUGGCCUACAGCGCUGACGUCAUCGCCACGCGGCUGCAUGAGCUGGCCUUCCUCAACGCCCGGGCCACCAUCCGCUUCCGCGCGCUCCGCCGCGGCAAGCCCGUGCGCGGCACCAGCAGGUACCUGGCCGCAGCCGCCAGCAGGCGCGCAGCCGCCGCGGCAGCGGCGGCAAAUGGGGAUGACGGCGCCGAGGGCCUGGGCAGCGGCAGCGGCAGUGACGGCGAGUCGGGGGCUGCAGAGGUCGCCUCUACGUCCGCGCCUUCGCCGCCGCCCGCGGUCAGCAAACGCGGCGGGAAAAAGCAGAAGGGCGGGGGCGAUGCGGCGGCGGCGGCGGCUGGCGGCGCAGCCGCGCCUCAGUACGGCAUCAUUCGUGAGGAGGGGCAGUGGCAGGUGUUCCAGUACAGCGGGGGGCUGCGCGAGUUCGUGGGCUGCCUGCAGGCGGCCUACACGCCGCUGCACGAGGCGCUGGUGGUGACGCGGGCGGACGGCGGCAGCGGCGUGGUGGUAGAGGCGGCGCUGCAGUGGGCGGCGGACUCCUUCAAGGAGGAGGUUCGCGGCUUCGCCAACUCCAUCCACACGGUGGACGGCGGCACGCACAUGGAGGGGCUGCGGGCGGGUCUCACGCGGGCGGUCACGCAGCUGGGCCGCAAGGCCAAGCAGAUUAAGGACUCGGACCCGCCGCUGUCUGGCGAGCACGUGCGCGAGGGGCUGGGCGCGGUGGUGAGCGUCAAGGUGCCCAACCCCGAGUUCGAGGGGCAGACCAAGACGCGGCUGGGCAACCCCGAGGUCCGCAAGAUUGUGGAGAAUGCCGUAUACGAGGCCGUGGGUGAGUGGCUGGAGGCGCACCCCGCCGCGCUGGCGGCGCUGUGUGCCAAGGCGCUCACUUCAGCCCGCGCCGCGGAGGCCGCCCGCAAGGCGCGCGAGCUGGUGCGGCGCAAGACGUCGCUCUUCACCGGCCGCUCCACACUGCCCGGCAAGCUGGCAGACUGCACCAGCACCAACCGGGAAGAGACGGAGAUCUACAUCGUGGAGGGAGACAGUGCGGGCGGCAGCGCCAAGCAGGCACGAGACCGGCGCUUCCAGGCCAUCCUGCCGCUCAAGGGCAAGAUCCUGAACGUGGAGCGGCUCACGGACGCCAACGAGGAGCUGAUGUACAAGAACACGGAGAUCUCAAACCUCAUCGUGGCGCUGGGGCUGGGCACCGACCGCAGCGCCGGACUGCCGGCAGCGGGCAGCGCGGCGGCGGCGGGCGGCGCGGCGGCGGCAACGGCAGAACAGAGCGCCGAGGAGGCGGCCAAGGCGCUCACGCAGCUCAGGUACGGCAAGAUUGUGGUGCUGACGGACGCGGACGUGGACGGCGCACACAUCCGCACACUGCUGCUGACCUUCCUGUUCCGGCACCGGCCGCAGCUGUUCGCGGCGGGGCGUGUGUACGUGGCGGUCCCACCGCUCUACAAGGUGGAGCGCGGCAAGAGCGUGUGGUGGGCGCACAGCGACGCCGAGCUGGCGGCGCUGGUGUCGGAGCAGCGGCUGGCGCCCGGCGGCUACAGCGUGCAGCGGUUCAAGGGCCUGGGCGAGAUGAUGCCGCAGCAGCUGUGGGACACCACACUCAACCCCGAGUCCAGGCUGCUGCGGCGGCUGACGGUGCGGGACGUGUCUGAGGCGGACUCCAUGCUGACCAUGCUCAUGGGCACCAAGGUGGAGCCGCGCAAGGCGCUCAUUGAGGCCUACAGCCGCCGCCUGUCGCUGGAUGCGCUGGACGUGUAGGGCUGCAGGCUGAUGCACGGGUCUGGUGGUCUGGUGGUGUGGUGCCGCUGUGGCUAGGUGAUGCCGAUGCGGCGCAUUGUUGUGGUGGUGCGGAGGCGGCGCAGUAUAGGAGUUUGGUGGGAUGUGGGAACAGUGGCAGACCGAGCAGUGUUGGCAUGGUUGCCUCCACGCACAGGCGCAGUCCUCUACCCACGUCCAACUGUCUAAUCCCUUCCGAUUGCCGCAUCGCUACCAUCUCGAGUCCCCGGCCUGCUAUCUUGAGUAGCGCCACCUUCGGGCGCUCAUAGCGUCCUGCAUUCCAGCCCGGCCUGACGAUGAAGUUGGAAGUC